AUGGUUAGCGCAUACCUCAUCAUCUCGGCGGUCAUCGCCUUUAUUGCUGUUGCUCUCGGCGCAGCUUAUACAACUGGUGCUUUGGAUCCGGUCAUUGAACAGAUUGGUAUCAUGUUCUUCAAGGCCAAGGCCGAAGCAGAGAAGAAGAAGCUACAAGCACAGGGCAUGAAAGAAGGAGAGGAUUUUGUUGACGACCAACUUAAGGGCAACAAACAGGCCAGCGAUGUGGCUUCAAGUCUUGGAGGUAUUGGUGGACUGAAGAAGGGACUGUAA